CACCCACCUCCUGUUUUACUUUCUAUCCAUUAGGCGAUACUGACCGCUCCAGUGCUUGUAGAGGUCGCCCGGCAGCUGUCCCUCGGAGUUCUGUCUGGGCCGGAUUGGAAAACUGGAGACGAGGCUCCGCGAUUGAUGAGUUUGCCUUGGGAGUCAGCGGCAAAGUGAAACUAACAACGAACAUGGGUCAGAAGGUCACCGGAGGGAUCAAGACCGUGGACAUGAGGGACCCCACGUACCGGCCCUUGAAGCAGGAGCUCCAGGGUCUGGACUAUUGCAAGCCCACCCGCCUGGACCUGCUGCUGGACAUGCCCCCCGUGUCCUACGACGUCCAGCUGCUCCACUCCUGGAACAACAACGACCGCUCGCUCAACGUCUUCGUGAAAGAGGACGACAAGCUGAUCUUUCACCGGCAUCCGGUGGCCCAGAGCACAGACGCCAUCAGGGGCAAGGUCGGGUACACGCGUGGGCUGCACGUGUGGCAGAUCACGUGGGCCAUGAGACAGCGGGGCACGCAUGCUGUGGUGGGGGUGGCGACGGCAGACGCCCCCCUGCACUCCGUCGGGUACACGACCCUCGUGGGAAAUAACCACGAGUCCUGGGGCUGGGACUUGGGGCGCAACCGGCUCUACCAUGAUGGCAAAAAUCAGCCGAGCAAAACGUACCCAGCCUUCCUGGAGCCAGACGAGACGUUCAUUGUCCCUGACUCCUUCCUGGUGGCCCUAGACAUGGACGACGGGACGCUGAGCUUCAUUGUGGAUGGACAGUACAUGGGAGUGGCUUUUCGGGGACUCAAGGGCAAAAAACUGUAUCCUGUAGUGAGUGCCGUCUGGGGCCACUGUGAGAUCCGCAUGCGGUACUUGAAUGGACUAGACCCCGAGCCGCUGCCGCUCAUGGAUCUCUGCCGCCGCUCGGUGCGCCUGGCCCUGGGGAAGGAGCGUCUGGGCGAGAUCCACGCACUGCCACUGCCCGCCUCCCUCAAGGCCUACCUCCUCUACCAGUGACCCUCACCACAGGAUCACCAGCACGACAGCCACCUGGUGCCAGCUCACCGAGCCGCCACCACCACGCCCUGCGCCUUGGAUGGGCGUCCGCGGCCGUGGGAGGAAGUCCCCGCUCUUCCUCUGCAUCCUCCAUGCUGCCCCUGCUGGACACGAACAGCUCUCGACACAGGCUCCUCUGUUCCUCUUCCCGACAUUGGUGGAAGUCCCCUGCGUGCCGAAUCACAGCCCCUCCUUGGAAAAAGACCCAUGGAACAAACUCCCAGGAAGCCCUACACUGAGCUGCCAGAGCUCUCGGGGUGGCAUGGGGUGCUCCUCCACACAC